CUCACAUCUUCCACUUUUAGUUUUACAACUACAAAACCAAAAUAAAAUAUGUUAUAUAAAUAUAACUUAUUGUAAGUUAAAUAUAAAUAAUAUUACAAAGAUAAAAUUCAAAUCAACAACCUGAAUUUAUGUAGCAGAUCAUGUUUUGUGAAAGUCACUGCUAACAAGUGAAGAUGUUACUGACUCCCAUGGUGCAAGUCCUUUCAGUUUUUAAUUAAACAUUUCCACAUUAUUGAGUACUCUGUGAUUAAUUAAUUCUCCCUCUAGUUUUCUCCAUCUGAACCACUAAGAAAACCUUUGUUCUGUCUGAGUAACAGUUGUUUGGGAGAAGGAGAAAAAGGAUCAUCAUAUCUAAUAGGCUCCUCUCUCAUCAAUUAAAGUAUAUGUACCCAAGUGGUGCCAUCAUAAUCAUAAAAAAUUCUAACUGCUGGCCCCCAAAUUGCAUGGCAGUUAUAAUAUGACCCAGAAUAUGCUUACAUCAAUUAAUUUAUCAUCAAAAUGAAAGCACACAAAUAAUUAUAGGGAACCAGUGGGUUUCAAUUUGAGAAAUGCUGAAGUAGAAGAUUCAUUGUUCAUUCAGUACAUUAUUCAUCCAGGGAUUUUGUAAACAAGAAAGCUACCAGUGACUUGGGUGGAGAGUCAUUGGCCAAAGCAUCUUAAAAAGUCAAGAAUCUGGGACCCAGAGAUCAGUAGAUUUUUGUUAAAAUCAAAGACCUUAAAGGACCCUUUAGAGUAAGACAUCAUUGUUUCCAAACUAUCUCAAUUAUGUAAUUUGUGAGGUAAAAUAACAUGAACUUGAUGAAGACAUGACUAUUGCCAGGGGAUUCUGUUCAGAAAUGCACUUUUCAGCCAAGAUAGCCAGUAGAACUUUGUGCUUACUUCACCUAUGCCCUCUGUGAUAUGGCCUCUCAAUACUGAUGAUCUCAGAAAUUCAAGCCAGUUUUUAAAAAUACUUCUAUUCAAUUGUCAUAUUAAUAUGACUAUUUAUCAAUAGUCAUCAUUGAUAAAUAAUGAGAUAGUAAACAAGAAAACUGUAUCUUGGUUUGGUUGUCUAGAAUACACAGUUCUACCCGAUUUCAAAGAAUGAAGGGAGACUUGCAAUAUAAAGACUCUCCUUCAGUAAUAGCUAACAUUUAUUGAGCAGUUACCAUUUUGAGGCACUGUGUUAAACUCUUUACAUGUAUUAACUGAUUUAAUCUUCAGAACAACUUUUAUGAUAUAGCUGUUAUUAUAAUGCUCAUUUUAUAGAUGAAGAAAAUGAAGCGUGAGAGGUUAGGUAAUUUAACCAAGCUCACAUGGGCAGUAAGUAGCAAAGCCAGGAUUUGAACAUGACAGGCUAAUGUCAUAACUUUAACCACAAUGCAGUAUUGUCACUCUUCUUCAUUUAAAGUCAGGCAUGUGUUAGAUAUGGAGACUGAUUCUGGAGAUGCUGGAUUGGCAAUUACAACUGACAAAAGGGCACAGGAGUUGAGUGCUUCUACAUCGUUUAUUUCUGUACCCUUACUUGCCGCAAUCUAGGAGGAGGAAUGAAGGAAGAUGGUGUGAUAUAUUUGUCAUCCCUAGAAAUUGCUCACUUGGAAGUAUUCAUAAAUGGUAAAUAAAACCAUUUGGUCUAGAUAAUGUUAAGAUCUGCUGCAGCCCAGAGAUGAAAAAUUUCAUAAAUAUAAGGGGAUAAAUAUUACCAUCCACCAGAGUCUUAAGAUUAUCUAGAUUUAGGCUCACUGAUUGUAUUUCUUUUAACUUUUAUAGACAGAGAGAAGUCUAUGGGAAAACACAUAUUUUGAAAGAUUAAAUUCCAAUCCAUAUCUCAAAGUUACAGGUAUUCCCAAUGGCUGACACAAUUGCUUAGAAUAGUUCUGUAAAUGGAAUGUACAUAGGACCACAGAAUCCCUUCUUCACAGGGCAUAGAUUCAGAGCUGGAUGAUAGUUAAAGGAUAAAUCUAUUCAUAAAUCUGUAAAUAUUCCUACAAGAAGAGUGGGGAGUCAGUUAUUGGCAUCAGUACAUGAUGAACCCUGCUGGGUUGUGGAGAAAGGAGAAACUGACCUGAACCAGACAACACCCUACGCAUCUGUCCCUGGCUUUCCUCCACCUGUUAGCACUCAGUCUUAAUUCAUGGGUCACAUCAAGGCACGCAAGUGCAUUAAAUGAUUUUGAAAAAACAACCACUGAUUGAUGAUGGUUGAUGGGGGAAGAAAAAAUAGGAGCUGUUACUUUCCUACCAACUUCCACUCUCAUUAACAAGGACAGGAAACAUUAUGAAUAAAUAAAAUUCUUUCCUCACACCACAAAAAAGAGCAACUGAAUCCCUCAAAGGAUUUUAUAUUUUAUCAUUAGACAACUAAAGAAAAUAAUUUCAUAUAAAUGGCUACAUUAAUCACUGUCAUAAUGUAAGUAGAAAGAAACUUCCCUACUUCUUUAAAAAAGCAACUAGAAAUGUUUUCUUUUUGAAAACAGAGUAACCAUUUGUUAAACCAUACAUACCAUGUAUACCAUUGAGGAUGUUUUUGGUAUAAAAGGAAAUAUCCAUGCUGGCUGCAUUGUAGUCUUUUAUAACCAGUUAUGGAGAAAAUCAAGAUAUGGGAAACUGUAAUCAUGUUUCAAGAUUCUCUUUUCUGUUUGAUAGCCCUAUUUAAUUCCCAAAAUUUGAAUGUAAAUAUGUGUGUGUAAAAAUGUAUAUAUAUUUAAUUCGCCUCUUAGGAGAGGUUUAAUGUAAGCAUAAAUGGAAAUUCUUUAUCUAAGCCAAAAAAUUACAUAGUAUUGAAUUCUGCCUUUCUGAUCUCUCCACAUCUAAAACUAUCACCAAGUACUAUUAAUUUUACCUCUUAAGAUAGUCCUUGAUGCUUCUCUUCAGCCACUUUAAAUGGGGCAUACUUUCUCAUUUGUAUCAUGGCACAGUCUCUCUUUAGUCUCUUCUUCAAAUCUACCUCCACCAUUGAAAUCAUCCAUCUGUGUGUAUUUUUUUCCCUGCCUAAAUGUCUUUCAUUGGCUUUUAUUAAAUCCGAGUUCCUUAAGCAUGGCACACAGGGCCCUGCCUCCAUGAGCUGGUCCUUCCUUAUUUCUCCUGCCUCAUUUCCUACCACUUACACCUUAAGAUUCAGCUUGCCAGUAGUUUCCCAGUACUUCCCCAUAUAUAUAUAUGUAUAUACACACACAUACACAUACAUACAUACACACACAACACACACACACACACACCCUUAUUACCCUCCCUUUGAACAUACAAUUCCUGUCACUACAUCCUUCUUUGUCACAUUCCUGUGCUGAAUAUAGCUGAUUUGAAUACAACUUAAUAGCUAGUUUGUUGGUAUAGGUAUCUUGAUAUCUUACACGUGUAGUUGAAGCUAUGCUGAGCUCCCCAGAUCCCUCCUCAGUACUAAAGUUUUAAUUUCCCAACUGCUAGAAGUCCUGCUGCCAAGCAGCCCUCUUCAGGAACUGCCUUGACCCCACCUCAGGACAACUUGAAGGGCAUUUCCCAGUUCCCCUCUGUUGAGGCCUUGAAAUUGUAUCAAAGUCCAACUUCUUCCUGUUCUGUCGCUUCUUUUCUGCAGGUGUUUUGUCUUAAGAACAUUCCAUAAUAAACUUCCGGCAAGCAACUCCUCUGCUUGCUGGGAAACCCAACCUGUAACAACAUGUUCUUCUUGUUGAUACUUUCCUUUUAGUUGUAGAUUUUGUGAAGUUAUAGUUAGCUAAAAUUCUUAUGAAGUCAAGAUCAUUUCAUCAGACUAAAAUCUUAUUAAGUCAGGAUCAUUUCAUCAGACAUGUAUUGUGCACCUGCUCCAUGCCAGCUGCAAAGGAAAUGAAUUAAGACUUGGCCUCUGCCCUGAAGGAGUUUACAGUCCCACAGGUGACACAAUUACAUUUGAAGCUGUGCUAUAGCAUCUUUAGAAUAAUCCUUUUUUGACCUAAAGUUCAAUAAUUUUAGAAUAAAAGUCAAAGGCAUGGAUUUUUCUCUGUGGCCUUGUGAAGAACAAAAGGAAAAUAUUUUAGGGAAAGGAAAAUGAAUAUAAAUAGAGUGAAAUUUCAGAAGAUUACUGAAUUUGUCUUUAUGAUUCUGGAAGCCUUUAGGGAAAAGGUAGUUUUUUCACUUUUAUUUUGAAAUAAGUUCAAACUUACAGAGAAGUUACAAGAAUAAUACUGAACUCUCAUAUACACUUCAUACAGAAUCAUUAUUUUUUACUAUUUCUCCACAUGCUUUAGCAUUCUCUAUACACACAAACACAGUUUUUUUUUUUGCUGAACCAUCUGAAAGUAGGAUUUUAAAUACAUCAUAUUACUUUAUCCCUUAAUGCUGUAGUUUGUACUUCCUGAAAACAAGGAUAUUAACCUCUGUAACCACUAUACAUUUAUCAAAUUCGGGAAACUUUGUAACUUUAAUCUACAGUCUAGAUUCAGUUGUUAAUUAUUCCUCAAAAGACGAGUUUUAAGAAGAGUCAUAUAACAACAUUUGUAAUUUAAACUGAAAGUUUUAUGAAGUAAGCUACAGAAGAUUUCAGAAGUUUACUAACUUGAUUAAAAUACAGUAGUUAAGUGAACUCACUUCUGACUUUCUAAGGGCCCAGGUUACCUGUACAGGUGUGACUUAUGACUCUCCAGUAGUUAAGCCUUGCCUUGGAGAGCCCAUUUCGUUUAGGUGCCUUUCGAAGGACAGUGUGUAUUCUGGAUCCAGGGAUUGUGAAUUUCCUUGAGCUCCUAUGUAAAGUACACUUGUCGCUGCCUGGUCUUCACAGCUGAAGUUAAACGAUGUUCUUUGGAACUGGCUUCCCGCCAGCCAGGCCAGUAGGGGAGGGGCUGCUCCGGUAAUUAGAUCUGGCUGGGUCCGCCUGACACGUGGCGUGAUGCUCUAGAGGCCCCGCCUCCGAAUCCCUGCACUCAGCCUGGACUGCCUGCAGCGGAGGUGUGAUCAGCCCGAGGCUCCCGCUUCCUGCUCGCGCACUGGCCGCCGGCACCCCCGGGACGUCAUUCCGGCCUGGCGGGGCUUGGGCUGUUGGGAGUUGGCGGUGGCGGCGGAAGCCCUGACCAGCCAGCCAAGGAGCGGGGGAAACCCAGGCUGUGUCCGCCCCAACACUCGACGCCACUGGAGGUCAUGGCUUCUCCGCUGAAGCUAGAGCAGGACGUGCAGGGGAAAGUAGAUUCAUUUCGGGCCCGCAUCGCCCAGGAGGCCGAGGAUCUGGUGUCCACCUUCUUCCCGCAGAAGCUGUCGGAGCUGGAUAGUCGGGUCCAGGAGCUCCGCCUGCAAGACUUAUCCAAAAUCCGUUCAGUGCCAGCCCCAGAAACCCCGGUUGCCCCAGGCACUGCGGGCGAUGGGCCCAAACGGGAUCUGCCGCCUCCGCAGACCCAGUCCUCGAACAAAGUAGUAGCACUGCCAGGUGGCGAAGGACAGCUUCUGCGGAGCAACCAGCAUCUGGUGGAGCUGAUUGAGCGGGUAAAACCCGAGAUCGAGCUGCUGAGAGAGAAAUGCAAUACGGUGCGAAUGUGGGUGCAGCUGCUCAUCCCGAAGGUGGAGGACGGCAACAAUUUCGGAGUGUCUAUCCAGGAAGACACCGUGGACCAGCUAUGGACCGUGGAGAGCACAGCAGCAUCCUAUCUCCGCCGCUUCUCCACCUAUUACAACACCCGGGCCAAGUUGGUAUCCAAGAUAGUGAAAUACCCCCAGGUGGAAGAUUAUCGCCGCACUGUAGCUGAGGUUGACGAAAACGAGUACCUGAGUGUGCGCCAGAUCCUGCUGCAUGUUCGGAACCAGUAUGCCACCUUGCAUGAUGUAAUCCUCAAAAACAUAGAGAAGAUCAAGACCCCUCGGAGCACCAACACUGAAAAUCUAUACUGAGGACCUUUCUUCACCCUACUUUUCUUCAGGAGUUGGCUGAGCUGUUCAGCAGCUAGAAGGCUGGUUAUUUAUGACUUUACAGGUGAUAAAACGACUGGAAAUGUGCGUUACUCUUUAGUGACAAUUUCGUACAGUUUAUCCUCAUACUGAAUCCUCUUUAGGUGUAACUUUUAUUUGAUUUUUCUUUCUGAGAGACAAUGAGGAGAAACCAUCUGGUAGAAGGUGGUAAGGUUGGCCAAGGAGAAAGGACUGUCAUUUUUAAAAGCAGCUUUGUAAAAGAUGAAUGUUGGCCAAGGUUUCUUUUUUUUAUGGCAUUGGUGACAUUGGUUUCAGGGGUCACUAAAGAAACCUUAAGUUUAAAAGAACGUUAAAUGAAGCUUUUCCUAAGGUUCUGCUCUGUUACUUUGUUCAAACCUCAGAAAUGCUCCUUUUGCACACCAUCAUUUGUCUUUUGCAAAAGCAAAGGAGUUUAAAGGGAUGUGUUUAGGUCUUUGUAUGAUUCCAGUUUAGCAGAUUGAAAUAAAACUUGGUUUUAACAUUUUUUGAUGGUGUAAGUGUGCUUAUCUGAACUUUAAUUUUCAGCUGUAUAGUCUUCCUCCUCUUUAGUUGGACUCCUACUCCUGAUAUUUUUUUCUCUGAUGUGUAAGAAAAAUGAGCCUUUAAAGAGUAAUAGAUCUUAGUUGUUCUAGAGAAAUGGGCAUCAAUACUUCCCUUAGAAGGAAGAGAAAUCUUUGAAAAUGGCUUCCUUGCCCAUCAUUCUACCUUCUCAGCAUCUUCCAUUUUCCUUUUACACACAAUUUAGAAUGUCUUCUAUGUAUCCAUUGCUUUUAAGUCCCUGCUAAGUCCUUUAAGCUUUAUGUCACGUUUUUUUCCCCCUCAGCUGAUUUCCAUCUCCCUUCCCCUUUUGUCUCUUAAGAUAUUUCUUAUAGGCUCUCAUAAGAGUUUUCCUUUCACACUACA